GAAAGACAAUUGAAAAACGAACGACAACUGAGUCAAUUUUGUUUUUCAACGACCAUAUGUGUUGGAAUGUCGGCAAUGGUCUUAAACAAGAGACCGAAGGAAACGUCAAGACUUUGUUUAUAUAUUUAUUGCCUUAAAUAUAACAGGGAUUCGAUAGAUUUGGACGCAAGGACUAAUAGGAGGUAUGACCCAAUUCGGAUUGCCGGAGGCGAGCAGGAUUUUUCAAGUUCGUCGAAGACCGUGGUCUUCAUGAAGAGAGUGAAGUUAAGGUGAUCGGAUAGUUUCACACCCCAGACCAGACCGCUGCUGCAGACCAAUGGAGCCCCUGGGAUCGCGGGCUUGCUCAGGUUCUCCGGUUUCAUGCAGAACGUCAUGUGUUUCAGGUAGGCGAUACAGAUCGGAUCCGUGCAUUCGUCGACGUUGACGCAGUCGGACAGGAACGCCGGCUCGCACGCCGUUCUGACCGUGCCGAACACGCUGCAAGGCAACCUCAGCUUCAUGGCUGAGUCGAAUUCCCUCCGAGAGAAGGCGGGCUCGCGCACCGGCUCGUGGGCGACCAUCAGGUCGAUCUGGCUCUGAAGGAAUAUAAGGGCGGAGUUGUAGACGUAGAUGCCGUCGGAAAUCUUGCACUUUGGAUGCGCUAUGAUGCGCGAUACCAGCUUCACUCCGACUCCUGUCACUACUUUAAUCGAGUCCAGGGGGACUGGGACGAUGCUGUCGCCCUUCGGCACUGUGACGCAGCUGCAGAGCGUAUGUAGUACGACGCUCGUACGGAUCAGAGCGUUGCAGUCCGACUUGGCGGACGUGAUCACGACGAUGAAGUUCAACUUUUCAACUUCGCCGAUGCAAACGGAAAGGAAUAAUAGGAGAAUUUGCACUACUACGUGAAUUAACAUGGUUUUAUUUAUGUAUAUUUAUAAUAUGCCAUAUGUCAACCAACUGACUGAAAAAGAAAAUUUCUAAUGUAGCAGCAAUCACAACAUAAGAGGUACAAUAAUCGGUCAAACCAAAACACAGUCACAUCAACGUCCCAAAAUUUGAUUCCCCCACAUCAUUAGUUUAACUCGAGAAAAUUGAGCGCAAAACGUUUGACCAAUUUUGUGGUAUAUGGUCGAAAACCAAGAAUCGAUUUGACAAGGUUAUGCCCGAAUGUUGACAUCUUGAAGUUCUCCCUUGAUACCUGAUUAAAAAGGGGCGUUUACUAUUUUUCAUACCUACGUAGUCUAGUGGAAAGAAAGCUCAAUUUCUAUAAGAAAAAAUUCAAGUUUAAUCGUCACCUUGCCCCUGAGAUAAAUGAACCUAUAUCGUUUGAAAUGUUAGGAAAAAAAUAAUCUCCGCAUCAUUAAUUUGUACACGUUCGCUAUUUGGAAAUCUAUUUAAUUGAAUAAGCACGAGUUUGAUCAAUUUUGUGGAGUAUGGCCCAAACCAAACAGUCGAUUUGUCCAGGUUAUGCCAGAUCAGAGAAAUGAUAAAUGGUAGAAUGUGUUGUUCAAUCUUUUUAAAAAGAUAUGCUAGAUCAUGUCACCUUCAUGUUUUCCAAUUGUAUUUGGUGUGCUUAAACGGGCAAUUUUACCAUGAUUUAGAAGAGUGAUUGAUAAAGAGGCAUUCUUUUAAUAUAAAAUAUUUGUUUGGAAGUUUUGGAAGGAAGCGGCUUCCUCCCCGUCGGCCGUUAUUACGCGGGCCAAAGCGUCAACCGUCCCAUUCCGACAUGCCCGAUCAUAGCCAUUAUUGAAUUAGCAGUUUUACACCCGCAAAUUUGCCCGUCCAUCCGUUUCUAAUCGAUGUUGACAAAUAUAAAAACUCCCCCGGGGGCUCCGGUAAGUCCAGUAGAUUUCGGACAUGCUCGUGUUACUCGUUCUCUCCUCCCUGAUCGCCUGCUCUUACGGGCUGACGGAGCUGCCGCCAGACAUGCAGGAAAUGGCGAAGGCGCUGCAUGACAACUGCGUUGACGAGACAGGAGUCGAUCCGGGGUUGAUCAAGCCCUGCGAGACUGGCAACUUCGCCGACGACCCCAAGCUCAAGUGCUACUUCAAGUGUAUUUUCGCCCAGGUCGGAGCAAUAAGUGAUGACGACGUGCUUGACGCAGACGCUUUCGCCUCCAUCCUACCUGACACGGCGGUCGGUCUCAUGAAGUCCGUGGGCGCCUGUAAAGAAUCAAAGGGUGCGGACGGCUGUGACUUAGCAAUGAACUUCUACAAGUGCGUCUACGAUAAAGACCCAGCAAGCUUCAUAGUCAUCUAAUCACCUCCCUUACCGAAAAAAACCCGCUGCUCUCCUGCAAACCAUAUAAUUUGCCUUUUAAAUAAAACUAUUUUAUUAAUCAA